AUCACCGCCGACUGUUUGUAAUGUCUGCUCAGCUGCACCGAUGUAAGUCAUGUACGAGUAAUUUGUACGAGCACUGCUAGGACGCCAAGUACCUGCUGCUACUAGCACUAAUCGGCGUAGCUGCAUGUACUACUUGUCGCCAAGAGCCAAGCUGCCAAGUCCGGCAAACGCCAGCCGGCAGAGGGAGAGCAUGAGAUCAACUGCCAACUCCGGAAUCUCGACCAGUGCAGUAACGAAUAAAAAAAACUUUGAAAAAGGAAGAAAAAAAAUAUUGAUAAAAAAACGUGUUGACGCAAAGGACCCUGACCCUGCAAGAGAUAUCGAAUCCACAACGUCGUGGCAACCCUUUGCCGAUUCAUCCACGGCCAGCCAUUGGGCGUCUCAGCAUCACGCACAUGGCCUUCAUGUCCAGUGCUUUUCCUUCCUCACAUCUGCCCAAAUGAGGCGGUUUCUUGUGGGCUAUCCUGGCCCCCCGGUCGAACUGAUCCUCGUGUGGGCCUCGAGUGCUCGGAUCAAAACGACACGACCAGUUAGCGCUGUUCAAGUUCCAAGCAUGUGCAAGCAUCUACACCAAGAUUCUAGUACGUGUGUGUACUAGCCAUUGUCUCGAAGUGGGUUCUCCUCGAUACCACUCUGCGCAGGUGGUUUGCUGCAGGCUAGUGCACGUUGGGUGGGAGGGAAGCAAGAGUUCCAAGACACACGGUCAUGGCCUCGGCGUAACCCUGUGAUGAAAUCGAUAUAGAUAGCCGGUGCUACCCCUUCAAAG